AGAAGAUUGGACGCAGGUAUGGUAUGCAUGACCGGUAUGUCUGUCUCCCUGUCCAUCCCUCUUUCAAAUAAACGGUCCUCGCGUCCGUACUCCGUACCCCUUGCUCUCAGUCAGAAUCCAGUCCAUCCAUCACCACACCUCAUCAUCACUCGUCGAAUUCAACAGCGCGCAGCGCUCCAUGUGUUUUCCUUUAAGGUGUCCAAACUUGCGAGCAUACUUGGACACCUUGAAGGCCGAUCUGUCAUCGCAAUUGUCGGCGUCAAACUUGACCGUCUGGUCAAGUUUGUGGAAGGCCGAGGCCUCGGUAGGGUCCAAGUCUGUGGGGCAGGGGUAGGCGCCAUCGGCCGUCUGGCAGAGGCGAUAGAUGGCUGAAUUCUGAAUAGCCUUGUUGACACGGUCCCGGGCUGCUUCCGUGAUGGCACCUCUCUUCAGUAGAACGUGAGCCAGCUGCUUUAUGCUGGCACAUGUGUGGUGGCGGGGAGACACACACACACACACCGAGAGACACAGAGGGGGUGCGUUACGUCGGCGCUGUUGGUAUCAUUCUCACUCACCUGGUGUAGAAGAUGAACUUGUCUCUUUGGCUGUCAGGAAGUGUGGCGAGAUCUGGCUGAUGGCUUUCCUUGUUGGACUCGAGGUUGUGGAUGAGCACGUAUGCAGGGUCCUCCACGUCGGGGUUGUGCAUCAGGUUGAGUCCGGUCAGAAAGUCACCCUGGCCACUGUCUCCUAUCCAAAUGUAGCCUGUGGCCACACAACAGACAGAGAAAGGUCAUCGGUGUCUGUCUGCCCCGCCCCCUAUAUAUCUGUGUGUGUGACAAGGCAGGCAGUUAGGCGCCACUCGCGCCACCCACCGACCUUUUGCGCCAUCACCGGCUUGAGUGUAAUGGCCUCCUGGCUUGGUCAAGCUUUUGAUGAUGUUCUGUGCCUUCCUCUCCGCCGUCGCGGCCCAAUCUGUGCUAAAGAAGUCCACAAACCUGCCAAACCCGGACCGAUCCUCGUCAACGCCCCAAGUGCGGCCGUUGAGCAACCCUUUGAUGCAUACAUACAUGACCACAGCCAGCAUCCACCCACACCACGCCACGUACAGAACAGACACACCCGUACAGACAGACAGACAGAUGAACAAAACCGAAAAACGUCGCUGGCGUGUCAUCCAUUCCUUCCUUCCUUUCUUGACCAUCCAUUCCGUGUGCGGCCAUCAUAAAGCGACACAGACAGACAUACAGACGGCCAGACGGCCCCCCAUUCUCACCGGUUGCGUUGGACAGCUUGUUCCAGGAUUUCUUCUCUAAGCUCUGCACAGUCACAGACAGAAAGACAGACAGACAGACAGACAAGGAUUCCGAUGCAUGCACGUUUUGAUGGCCCUGAUGCUACUGCACCCACCUUGGGGUCCCCAACGGUGAUCUUUGGCCGUGCCGAUACCAGACGGAAGAAGGGAGGGUGCGCGACGAAGUCGGGGCCGGCAGAAAGCUCGAGGUACAGCUGCAUGAGGCCAGGGUACACCUGCACGCACACACGCACAGGCAGGCAAUGGAUGGGUGCAGAGGGGCCAUGGUGUCUUCCCAUGCACUUCAUCGGUGUAGCACAAAUCGUCUGACACACAAAGAGAGGGAGAGAAGAGAAUUCGAUGCAAAGCCACGUGGGUAACUGCCUUGUCUGUCUGCAAUGGGGAAUCACCCACACCACACCUGUGCCUUUGGGCCAGGAACCUCCGCUGCCUGCACACACACCGCACAGUCCUCAUGGCAUUCAUUGCAUGUACUGUAUGCAUUGGUCAAGCCAGCUGAUGUAUGGACUUGUCCAUCCUUCCGCACGCAUACGUACAGAUGAUGGUGUCGUCAAUGUCGCUGAACAGGAGAUACCCUUUUCCCAUCUCAUUUUGUUUGGAGAAGAGGAAGCCAUCAUUCUUCUUUUCUGAGACGGCCAAACGCGCAUCACCCACGCAAGGGACCGUUGCCAAUCCGACGAGGGUGGCGAUGCCACCAAGAAAUGGAAUCAGCAUUUGCCUCGAAAUCUAGCCGGACGGGACGUAUGCCAGUGGAGACGCCGCAAGCCCCCAC